GUAGUAUUAUGAAAAUAAGGUUGUAUAUUUACGAGAAUCAUCGUAAAUUUAAGGAGAAGUUUUAUAAGUCGUAUAUUUACAUGGAAAAAUAUUUUACAACAAAGUCGUAUAUGUCAAUCGUAAAAAAUUUAUGAGAAUAAAGUUGUAAUAUCAGGAGUAUUAAGUUGGGUAUCUGCGAGAAUCAUUGUAAAUUUGGUAUAAAGAUGUAUAUGAGAAAACGUGUAUUGUGAAAAUAGUCGUAUAUUCAAGAAUAGGGUUAGGAAUAAAGUUGUAAUACAUACAAGGCGUGCAUUUACAAGAAAAAAAACUUGUAUUACGCGAAUAAAGUUGUAUAUUUAUGAGGAAAAAAACUCCAAAAAUAUUAUGAAAAUAAAGUUUAAACUUGCAGGCAAGUUUUUAUUUAUAACGUGGCAGCAAAACAGAGCACUUGAAGACAAACAGAUUGGCCUUUGGUUAACCCUUCUCACUACCACCUUCCUUACCCCUUUUUCAUAGCUGUCUCUCGCAAUGCCUGUAACAAAAUCACUUUUUUUUGCGGAAAUUCACGACUAUUCUCAAAAUAUCAGAUGAUUAUUGGUAUAUAUAUUCACUAUCUCUCCUUUGGGCAUGUCCCAACCAUCUCAGUCUGGCCUGUAAAGUCCCUCUGAUGGAUUUGUUCCUGAUCCUAUCCAUCCUGGUCACUCCCACCGUGAACCUGAGCAUCCUCAUCUCUACUACCUUCAGUUCUGCUUCCUGUCUUUUCCCCAGUGGCACCAUCUCUAGUCCAAACAACGUGGCUGGUCUCACCACAGUUUUGUAUACGUUUCCUUUCAUUUUAGCUGAAACUCUUCUAUCGCACAUCACCACACUUCUCCACCCGUUCCAUCUUACCUGAAUAUGCUCCUUUUCACAAUCUCCAUUGUUUCCAUCAUAUAUGUUUUUUUUCUUUUUAAACAUACCCCCCCAGCUAAUCCUAGAAAAUAACAUGUAUUUUCUCACUAGUUAUUUCAUUGAUCGUUCACAGAGUUGUCCUUCAGUUCUGUAGUAAAUCUUUCUUCCACAGGGGGGCGCGCAUGUCCAAUGCUUGUGGAGUUGACGUCAUGCAGAAAUGCAUCCUGGAACAUGGAGGCGACUGAUUUGUUUGUUUUUUUUUUCUUUUCUAUCUUGGUCUUUUUUGUUAUAUCAUGAAUUCACCCAACAUCCCACCGUCGAACUCCUGUGUCUUCGUGGGUACACUCACCUUCACGUGAAGAAGGCCCCCAGUCACGCAUGCGCAGGUCCGUCCGCUCGGCGCGCCUCCUGUGCCCGCGCGGCUGUGCGCUCAGUGCGCGUCCGUCAGUCAGAGAGCUACCAUGAUCUUCACCAGAGGACUCUCUCACAGGAACACAGCACCCCAGCCACGGCAGCAUGCCGGGCGGCAAGAGAGGCCUGGUGGCGCCGCAGAACACUUUUCUGGAGAACAUCGUCAGGAGGUCCAGUGAGACGAGCUUCCUGCUGGGCAACGCCCAGAUCGUGGAGUGGCCCGUCGUCUACAGCAAUGACGGAUUCUGCAAGCUGUCUGGAUUCCACCGAGCUGAUGUCAUGCAGAAGAGCAGCACCUGCAGUUUUAUGUACGGAGAACUGACGGACAAGAAGACCAUCGACAAAGUGCGGCAGACCUUCGACAACUAUGAGUCCAACUGCUUUGAGGUCCUCCUCUACAGGAAGAACCGAAGUCCGGUCUGGUUCUACAUGCAAGUGGCUCCCAUCAGGAACGAGAACGACAAGGUGGUCCUGUUCCUGUGCACCUUCAAGGACAUCACUCUCUUCAAGCAGCCCAUCGAGGAUGAAACCACCAAAGGUUGGACCAAGUUCGCGCGUCUGACUCGAGCGCUGACCCAAAACCGUACGACGCUGCAGCAGCUGGCGCCCAUCAGCAAGCAUGAAGUCAGCCAUAAGCAGUCCCGACUGGCCGAGGUCCUGCAGCUCAACUCGGACAUCCUCCCUCAGUACAAGCAGGAAGCCCCCAAGACCCCGCCGCACAUCAUCCUCCACUACUGCACCUUCAAGACCACGUGGGACUGGGUGAUCCUCAUCCUCACCUUCUACACGGCCAUCAUGGUGCCCUACAACGUGUCCUUCAAGACCAAGCAGAACAACAUCGUGUGGCUGGUGCUGGACAGCGUGGUGGACGUCAUCUUCCUGGUGGACAUCGUCCUCAACUUCCACACCACCUUCGUGGGACCCGGCGGAGAGGUCAUCUCCGACCCCAAGCUGAUCCGCAUGAACUACCUGAAGACCUGGUUUGUCAUCGACCUGCUGUCCUGCCUGCCCUAUGACAUCAUCAACGCCUUCGAGAACGUGGAUGAGGGCAUCAGCAGCCUGUUCAGCUCUCUAAAGGUGGUCCGCCUAUUACGUCUGGGCCGGGUGGCAAGGAAACUGGACCACUACCUGGAGUAUGGAGCUGCUGUUCUGGUUCUGCUGGUCUGCGUCUUUGGACUGGUGGCGCACUGGCUAGCCUGCAUCUGGUACAGCAUCGGAGACUACGAGGUGAUUGACGAGGCCACCAACACCAUCAAGAUGGACAGCUGGCUGUACCAGCUGGCCAUCAGCAUCGGCUCGCCCUACCGCUACAACGCCAGCGGUUCUGGCCAAUGGGAGGGAGGCCCCGGCAAGGACUCUUUGUACAUCACGUCGCUCUACUUCACCAUGACCAGCUUGACCACCAUCGGCUUUGGCAACAUCGCUCCCACCACGGACGGGGAGAAGAUCUUCUCGGUGGCCAUGAUGAUGGUGGGAUCUCUGCUCUACGCUACCAUCUUUGGCAACGUGACCACCAUCUUCCAGCAGAUGUACGCCAACACCAACCGCUACCACGAGAUGCUCAACAACGUCAGGGACUUCCUCAAGCUCUACCAGGUCCCCAAAGGCCUGAGCGAGCGCGUCAUGGACUACAUUGUCUCCACGUGGUCCAUGUCCAAAGGCAUCGACACGGAAAAGGUGCUCUCCAUCUGUCCCAAGGACAUGCGGGCCGACAUCUGUGUCCACCUCAACCGCAAGGUGUUCAACGAGCAUCCGGCGUUCCGGCUGGCGAGCGACGGCUGCCUGCGAUCUCUGGCGGUGGAGUUCCAGACCACGCACUGCGCUCCCGGCGACCUCAUUUUUCAUGCCGGGGAGAGCGUGGACACGUUGUGUUUCGUAGUGUCAGGGUCGUUGGAGGUCAUCCAGGACGACGAGGUCAUCGCCAUCUUGGGUAAAGGUGACGUGUUUGGCGACGUCUUCUGGAAAGAAACCACCCUGGCUCACGCGUGCGCUAACGUGCGGGCGCUAACGUACUGCGACCUGCACGUCAUCAAGAGAGAGGCGCUGCUCAAGGUGUUGGACUUCUACACGGCCUUCGCCAACUCCUUCUCCAGGAACCUCAUCCUGACCUGCAACCUGCGCAAGAGGAUCAUCUUCCGCAAGAUCAGCGAGGUGAAGAAGGAGGAGGAGGAGCGCCAGCGAGCCAAGAACGAGGUGCAGCUCACCAUCCCUCAGGAUCAUCCCGUCCGCAAGCUUUUCCAGAAAUUCAAGCAGCAGAAGGAGCUGCGGAACCAAGGCGCCGCCGCCGCCGCCGCCACCGCCGCCACCACCAGCGCCGCCUUGCAUCCGGACCCGGACAAGAACCAGCACCUGCACCCCCACAGCCUGCAGCUGGGCCACUCCAGCCUGCAACACUCCCUGCCGCCCAGCCUGCGGCGGGCGCACCUGCAGAACGGAGCCCCGCCCAGCAGCAGCGUGCUCACCGUGUCUCAGGUGGUCUACAGCGAGACCCCCGCCAAGCAGAAUACCGCGCUGGACCUACGGCCCGGCGAUCCGAGCGUCACCUUGAAGGUGUGCACCAGUCCCCCGCUCAGGACCGGGGGCUGGAUGCGUCUGAAAAGCAACAUGGCGCCCGCCGAGGCCCGCCACGUUGACGGGCUGAGCAACAAGGCCGUUUCCGUGGAGAUGCUCUCCCAGGAGGUCAAAGUUCAAGAGGGAGGGCGGAGCGGGGACAUAGAGGAGGGGGGCGUGUCCGGCGCCAACCCGUUGCGUAAGACCGACUCGUGCGACAGCGGCAUAACCAAGAGCGAGUUACGCAUCGACCGUGCCGGGGAGGUGCGCACCCCCGCCGCCGCCACCCCGCUCCUGCACAGCCCCCCCUCGCUGGCGUCCCCUCACCCCUUCUGCCCCGUCCCCGAGCAGGCCCUGCAGGCGGCGCUGCACGAGACCCGGCUGGAGCUCCGGGAGAACAUCCACAGUCUGGGGGGGCGUCUGGGGGCGCUGGAGGGUCAGGUGGCCGAGAUCAUAAAACUCCUCUCAGACAAGCGCAGGGUGACUACGGCGCCCCCGGCCGCCCCGGCCCCGGCCCCCACCCCGAAGACCAAAGUACGACGGCAAGACAUUUUUACGGUUUCCAGGCCGGUCUCGCCGGACUCUGAAGACAGCUGAGCCAGCGAGGUGGACGAACCAGACCCCCGGAAUCCUGGGUCCAGGCUCCUGGGUCCUGGGUCCACGUUGCUGCUAAACGUUUGCACACUGAUUGUACAUACCCGUCUAUGCAUGUCCAGCUGGAUUCUGGCCUGCCACACACACACACACACACACACACACACACACACACACACACUCGGUGCAUGCAGAGGAACGUUUAAUGGACGUCAAACACGUUUUUCAGACGUGGACAUCCAGGGUUAGCAUACUGGUAGCGCUACAAAGACGGAAGGAGCAUGUCUCAAAGUCUGCCCUCUCUUUCACUUCUUCUUGUUGCCUGCUACGUGAAAUACUACAUCAGCCCAAAGAUUGACGUGUCUUUUCUAUAUCGAUUAACCAUCCUGUCUACUUCUGGUGGCGCUCACGUCCUCUGCUAAAAAGGUUUGUUAGCGUUAGCUCGCAUGGAGCAGCGAGAGCAUCCCAGAGAAACGCUAGGUUAUUUUUAUACGCUAAUAACGAUACACUGAAACACAAUAUUAGCUACAAGUCAUCCAAGUACGAGUCACUGUCAUAGACCUUCCAUUAGGAGCACCUCAAGGCUCCCCUUUAGGUCCCUUUUGUAGUCAUUGUACUUUAUAUACUGUACAUUUAUAUAGCUAACACACAAACGCUAUGACAGGAAAUGAAACCAGUAUGAAACCAUACUGUGUUCACACUGCAGGGUAUGUUACUUUGUUACUUUGUUACUUUGUUAUUUUGUUACUUUGUUACUUUGCUACUUUGUUACUUUGCUACUUUGUUACUUUGUUACUUUGUUACUUUGUUACUUUGCUACUUUGCUACUUUACUUUGUUACUUUGUUACUUUGCUACUUUACUUUGUUACUUUGCUACUUUGUUACUUUGCUACUUUGUU